CACUUGAGGGUUGGAAUUGCCCUCCAAUCAUGGCCGUCUUUUCUCACAAUUAGCACCACUCAUCAUCAUACCCCUAUCAAGGCAUUCCAUUGGGAAACAAGACUAGGGAACGUAGUUGGGGGCAGCGAAUGAUUAAGCGGAGACAAAGAGCUAAACAAAGAGAAAAGGAUGUAGGUAUUAGAGCGACUUCAAGCAUCUCAGUAGUGCUUGUGUUCAACGCAGUCAUUGGAAGGGAACAGCUGAUGGUUAGAAGGUUGGUUCCAUGGCUCAAUACUUUCCUCCUUAUGGCUGGUCGCAGGAGGGGAAAAAACGAAUCAGUUUGCCCUCACUUUACAAAGGCUCUCUGCUUCUCCCUCGCCCCACCAGCUCAGCUCCACCCUUUCUAGAUUUCGGGGCUUCCUACCCCUCCUCGUCAUCGGUGACCGGGAGGAGUGCAACAGCGGCCAGGGCCCUGAAAAAGAUCCACAGCGAGGCUGAGAGGAGAAGAAGAGAGAGGAUUAAUGCCCAUCUUUCUACUCUAAGGCGCAUGAUUCCAGAUGCUGACAAGAUGGACAAGGCUUCUUUGCUGGGUAGCGUGAUUGAACAAGUGAAGGAUCUCAAGAGAAAGGCAAGUGCCAUUGGCAAAGGCUUCCAAGUCCCAACAGAAGUGAAUGAGGUGACAGUAGAAUGCAAGCAAGGCAAUGGCCACCUCUACAUAAUAAGGGCUUCCAUUUGCUGCGAAGACCGGCCGGAUUUAUUCACUGACCUCAUCCAAGCAUUCCAUGGUCUGAGUCUCAGGACAAUCAGAGCAGACAUGACCUCGUUGGGAGGGAGAGUAAAGAAUGUGUUCAUUCUAUACAGGAAGGAGGGCAACGCAGGCAUGUGUUUGAGCUCUCUCAAGGAGAGCAUAGAAGAAGCCCUAUCUAGGGUGGUCUCUCCGGAUAUGGUAUCCACAAAUGUCUUUCCAAGCAAGAGGCAAAGGCUCCUGGAAUCACACUACUACUCUUAGGAUACUAUAUUCAAGAAAUUUUUCUUUUGGUCCUUCUUCCCUC